UUUAUUUAGCCUGUUAAAGUACAGUUUGGUUUCCUCUUUUCUUUUCUGCCCCCAUUUCUUGUUUCCCUUACCCUUUUUUUGUAUAAGUUUCAUAAUUGUGUUCUUAUUCUUCCUCAUCUUUUCCUUUUUUGACGACUGUCAAAAUCCAUUCGUUUGGUUUCUGUAGAGUGGCUUCAUUUGUUCUUGUUGCCGUUCUCUCCCGCAAAGGCAACCUCUCUGUCCUUUUUCCACACCCACGGACCAUCUUCGCUCCUCCCUCUCCCCCCUUCCCCAUACUUCCCAGCGCAAACCUCAAAUUUUCCCUUCCCUUUUCACCCUCCCGUCCCAACUGAGUCGACAACAAUUUCGGACUGCCCUAGACAAGUGACUCCUCUCGACUUUGUCGGCGCCACCGCCAAGUACUCUUUUCGGUCGCUCCUUUUUCCUUGCGGUCCGUCCUACCUUCAUUGGUCGUGCGAUCGGCUAAAGGGUGAUUGAUCUCCGGACGUUGGUGCCAGCGAAACCUACAUUUUCCCGGGAUCAUCGCCUGUUCUAGACGUCGACGACUUCUCGUCAUUAAGGCGAUACCCUCUACUUCAAUUCCUUUUGGCCUUGCGGUUUUUCUCGGAUCGCAAAGAUGCUCCUUCCUAAGGGUGGUGUAACGUGGAAGUCGGCGAAGGCGAGGUUGCCCCCAUGGAGGGCAAUUUUAGUCCUUGUGACGCGCACUCGUUUCCUAGUGUCGCUGGCCCUCACUGGCUUGUUGAUCUUGUUAUGGCGUGGUAUCAGCAAGUCCGCAUCCGAGAUGCAAAACUUCUACUGUUACGGACCCUCCAAAUCACCAAUGGACAUGAGUCUCAACGAAAUGGUCGAAUGGAGCGCCCACAUGCAAACCCCCGUCCUCUAUAACCACCAUGAUGCCUAUGAAGUCAAUACUUCCACUAUUCACAAUGUUGACCUGAACCCCAUUGGCUCUAGUGCUCAAGCUGUCGCAAACUCCGAACGAGUGCUCAUUUUGACGCCGCUGAGAGAUGCAGCCCCUUAUCUGCAAAAGUACUUCGAGCUUCUCUACAAGCUGACGUAUCCUCAUAACCUCAUCGAUCUGGCUUUCCUCAUUGGUGACUCCAAGGAUGACACUGAAAGCGUGCUUGCCUCCGAGCUGAGCCGUAUUCAGGAACAGGGCGACAAGGUUGCAUUCCGCAGCGCAACCAUCGUGAAGAAGGAUUUUGGGGCGGAAACAGAGAUGAAUGUUCAGGACCGACACUCGUUCGCCGCCCAGGGUCCGCGCCGAAAGGCUAUUGGUCGCGCACGUAAUUAUCUUCUCUACUCUGCUUUGAAGCCUGAUCACUCUUGGGUUUACUGGAGAGAUGUGGACAUUUCCGACAGCCCGGAGACUAUCCUUCAGGACUUCAUGGCACAUGACAGAGAUAUCCUUGUUCCGAAUAUUUGGUUCCACAGAUAUAAGGAUGGCGUUGAUAUCGAGGGUCGCUUUGACUACAACUCAUGGAUUGAGUCUGACAAGGGAAGGCGGCUGCGGGAAACUCUGGAUCCGGACACUGUGCUGGCCGAGGGCUACAAGGAAUAUGAUACUGGCCGGCAGUAUCUAGUUUCAAUGGGCGACUGGAGGAAAAACAAGGAUGAAGAGGUCGAGCUCGAUGGCAUUGGCGGUGUCAACAUUCUUGUCAAGGCCGAUGUCCAUCGUUCUGGAAUCAAUUUCCCAUCAUAUGCUUUCGAGAACCAGGCUGAGACCGAGGGAUUUGCGCGCAUGGCGAAGCGAGCAGGAUAUCAGGUGUACGGCUUGCCUAAUUAUGUUGUGUGGCAUAUCGACACCGAUGAAAAACCUGGCAAUCUUGGAGGCCGUAAGGCGUACUAGACAUGUUUCUGGACAUGGUCUCUUCCAUCCAGCCAGCGACUCUCGGUUUUUGCCUUCAAGAUUUUAAUACCCUUUCCCCGUGUAUGUCCGUGGUUUACUACAUGGGAUUUUCUCUUGAUAUUCGUACUUUUUGCUUUUGCCACUUUUUCUACCUUUGGACGUUUGAAACGGACAUCCCAUGGUUCCGGUAAUUAGUCUUCUUCAUGUCGUGUUCUAGGGAUCGUGCUGCUUCUUUUAUUUUGGCGCUACGGGGAACGUGUUUAGCGGUAUCGACGCUCAUAGAGUGAACGGGUGAUUUUACGCUUGACUUACUGGAGUUGUCCUGUUCUCCUUGCUGACAGUGCAAAACAAGCCUGUCGUUUCCGAUGAGGGUUUUCGCUGAUUCCUCACGGUCUGACUGUCCCUGGGCAGAUGGUUUACCAGGGGGUGGCGGUCAUUUUCAUCAACAUCUACGAGGGAUGGCGAGCAGUUAGAGCUGAGGGAUCCCCCCUGUCAUCUUCCGGAAAUGACGAAGAACCGAGGCUACCGUCGUCGUCGGAGAGAAGGGACAGGGCCUAACGGUGCUUGGCGUCCAUGUACUGUACAUACAUAUAUAGGCUUCAAUUUGUCGGGCUGUUAUGACUGUGAGGGGUUUAUAUUGAUUCGUAAUCGAAAAUGCAACC